AUGAGUCAUUACCACCAUCAUCAUCACCAGGCUCCAGAGGUAUAUCCACCACCACCCACCUCUUACCCUCCACCGCCUGCCGGCACGUAUCAAGGGUAUCCGCCUCCUCAACCCUAUCCAGCGCCACCACCCGUAGUUCACGGAUACAAUCAAGGUGGUCCAUAUGUUGUUGCACCACCAGUUGCUUACCCCAUGAAACAUGAUGGUCCUGGAUACCCCCAGCAACCACCACCCUACCCCCAGCAGCAACAGCAGCCAACAAAGUCUCAUCAUAGUAAGGGGGCUGGAUUUUGGACAGGAUGGUAA